GUAGUUUGUGCGGUGUUUUUACAGAACGAAACAGAUAAAAUUUUAAAUCUGCGAAGUAAAAUGUGGAUUUCGCGUUAAUUAGUGAUAAAUUAGGUGAAUUCAGUUUUUAGAAUAGCAGCCCUCAAAAUGUCUCAGGAAAGUGCCAUCGUUUUCACAAUUUUCUACGCCCUGUUGUGCUUCUGCAUCGUCUAUCCCUCGACCGAGUUCGUUUCGGCCGGUCUCACCGUGGACCAUGUUUUCUCAUCAACGUUGGGCUCGGAAGCGCUGUCCUUCGUGCAGCAUCACAUCCGAAGGACAAGUCUCAAUCUGAUGGUGCAUUCGCUCCUGCCGGUCAUGUACAUCCGGGUAUACUUUAUGCAGUUCGAUCGGAGCGAAUCCGGGGAAGACGGCGGUGCCGAAGGGGACCCGGAUUUGUACUCCCCGCUGGUGCUUGCGUGGAGAACGUUCAUUGUGGCGGCGAUUCUGCUGCCAGGAUUGGUAGCCGGAGCGAUCUACUAUUGGUCCCGGAAGGGAUGGGAGAAUCACCCGAUUGCCCGAAGGUUGGCCAAGUUCUGCGACGGAAGCGAAAGGUUUCGCGAUUGGAAGGCAGUGGCUGCCAACAUCAAUGACGAGUACCGAAGGGAUGACAAGGUGGUCAUAAGGAUGAACCCCGUUUCGAGGGUUGUGGUGACGGAAAAUUGGAUCAUCAAGACGGGUCCGUACUGGAUCAACAUAGCGAAGCAGGACGAUACGGCUUUGAUCGCUUACAAGAGCGAUACCCACGACGUGAGUCAGGAAGCGUUCGAAACGGUGCAGUACGUGAACAUUGCGGUUAAACCAACACGGCCGGGCAUUCGAGAGUUUUCCAUUCGAAUCAACGCGCUGGAUUUCAAAGAUCUCCAAGACCGUAUCAACCGUCCGAUAACGAUCCUAUCCAGUGUCAAGUUCCACCGGUCGGUGCUGGAUCGAUUCGUGGAUGUGUUCAAGGACCAGGUGGCGCAGAAUCCGACCUACAGGGCGGAGAGGCACGCGGCGGCAGCCGACAGUCAGGACAGUUGCUUUGCCUGCAUGCAGGCGCAGCCGAACAUAAAGAUUCAGAAGAACUGCUUGGACGUGGACGAGGAAGGGGAAGCGUUGCCAGAGUCGCGGUGUUGUCAGGUGUGCAACUGUCGGCCCAUGUGGUGCAUCGACUGUGUGGCCAAGUGGUUCGCUUCGCGACAGAACCAAUCCGAGCGGGAAUCGUGGCUGCAGCAGAAGUGCACCUGUCCGAUGUGUCGGGCGCGGUUCUGCGUGCUGGACGUGUGCUACAUCGAGGGAAUGGCUUGAGGUGCUGGGACCAAAGUUGGAAGGUAAGAGAAUUUGUGGUUCACUAUAUGCUUUCGGCGCGAAUUGGUGUGACUUUGUGUGAUAAAUCCUAUCGAAUACGAA